GCCUACAGGGAAAAGAAGCGAAACAACGAUGGCUCUAUCGGAACACCGUACACUUGUGAUUCUAUUAUUGGAAGCGCUGGAAACACUGUGUAUGCAGAACGAUAUGUGUUCAGUGCAUUAUGUUAUAUUAAUGGACUAUGGAUAUUACGAGUUUAAGCGUGCAUUUUUAAUCAUGUGUUUAUCGAUCAUGUAUCAAACCGUGACCUUUAAAAAGGAAGUAAAAUAGCGUGACCUCUUCAUACUCUGUGUCAUGCAUAGUGAUUAAACUGGGAGAAUUAACUGGGUAUAUAUUACUAGGCAUGCAAACAUACAACAUUAGGGGGAAAUUAACACAGACUGUGGGUGAUAUCGAACCUAGAAACAAAAUCACGGUGAGAAAUCAAUGAUGACAUGAGAAAGAAGUAAAAGUGAUACAGGUGUAAUAAAAGCCGCAUCGAGGAACUAAACUUGGCGAAAAUGGAAAAAGAUAGAAAAGUAUUUAACGAUCCUAUCCAUGGAAAUAUAGAGUUACAUCCACUUUGUGUGAAGAUCGUCGACACGCCGCAGUUCCAACGUCUGAGAUUCAUAAAGCAGCUGGGCGGCGCCUAUUUCGUCUAUCCUGGAGCCGCACACAACAGAUUCGAACAUUCAAUCGGGGUUUGCCACUUGGCUGGACGGCUGGUGCGAGCUCUAAGAGACCAGAAAUCUGAGGCCCUCAAGGACGUUGAAAUUACUCCUGUAGAUGAACUGUGCGUAGAAGUGGCAGGAUUGUGUCAUGAUCUCGGUCAUGGGCCAUUUUCACACCUCUUUGACAAAACGAUAAUUCCUGCAUUACGAACCGAUAAAAAAUGGGCGCAUGAAAAUGGAUCCGUAGAUAUGUUUCGUUACAUGUUAAAAGCAAACGAUGGCCUGCUUGAAAAGGAAUUUGAAAAAGAAGGAAUGACAUCUACGGACCUAACAUUCAUAGAGGAACUAAUUGCUGGGCAUGAUGAAACGUCUCCGAACAAAUGGAAGUAUAAAGGAAGGACAGAAAAGAAAGGCUUCUUGUACGAGAUUGUGUCUAACAAACGGAAUGGUAUAGACGUCGACAAAUGGGAUUAUUUUGCACGUGACUGUCACAUGCUUGGAAUUGGAAACAACUUCAAUCACGAUCGAUGUAUAGCUUUCUCAAGGGUGAUUGAUGUAAACGGAGAAAGGCAGAUAUGUUUUAGGAAUAAGGAGGCUGCCAACCUGUACGAUAUGUUUCAUACCCGAUACUUACUCCAUAACAGGGCUUAUCAACACAAGACAAACAACAUCAUCGAAUAUAUGAUAUCUGAAGCCCUCGUGUUAGCUAAUGACUUCAUUACAUAUCCUGGACAGAACGGGAAACAACGUAAAAUGUCCGAAGCAAUAGAUGAUAUGGAGGCUUAUAGCCUUCUGAAUGAUAGCGUCAUUUACAAGAUUCUUGAGAGUACUGAUCCACGACUAGAGAAAUCCAAACAAAUCCUUCUACGUGUUUUAAGAAGGGAUUUGUAUAAAUUUGUCGGAGAAGAAAGAUUCGCCCACAAGAUGUUUAAAGACGAGUUUGAUAUUAAAGAUGACAUGAAAAAUGUUACCAGCAUCACAGAAGAUGACAAUACAAUCAUAGACCUUGUUAACCUCAAUUACGGGAAGAAGGAUAUGAAUCCGAUAGACUUCGUCAACUUCUACUCAAAAGGAGAACCGGAUAAGGCAGAACCAAGACACAAAGAAGAUGUAUCUCUGUUACUGCCGAAGGACUUUGCAGAACAACUGGUGCGCGUCUACUGCAAGGACCCGAAGUUCUACACAAACGUAAAGAAAAGGUUCGAUACUUGGUCGAAAAAUACAAAGAAAAGUACAAAGAAACAGAAAACGUCCAAGUGAUUGGAAGUCGAGGCUAGUCAGAACCAAGUCAGUGAUUGGAGAAUGAAAGCGGGGUAAAUCAGAAUCAACGUAGUGAUAAGGGGAAUUGUCAGAACCCCAAGCAAAUCCUGAUACUCUUUACAAAAAGGACCUGAAUGCCAAAUCUUCAUACUUAUUAUCAAAUGACGCAUUUAAUAUUUAUGUAUUUAUUGUUGUUGUUUUGUACUUAGGUAUUCUACCAUAGUUCAAACCGAAUGUGUGUGUUUUUUUCAAUGUCAAGCAGUUUUGAAAAAAGUUGAAAAACGUAUUGGCAGAAGAUAUAUUUACUUUUUCUUACACUAUACAAAACUUGAAGCUAAACUUUUAUGCUUAGAUUAUCGCAACAUUUUUAUGAAUCAGUUUUACAAGAGGUAUAAAUCAUAUUUAAUGAUAACAUACAUCGUUUGUUUUCGUUUAUUACUUAGAAGUGAUACAGAUGAUUCAGUUUUGAUUUUUAUCUUGAGAUAAUUGAUAGUUAUAUUUGAAAUUGAUAGAGUACAUUCGCUGAACUGUCGGCGUCUGUAUUACUAUCGACGUCCUUUUAUUCGUUUUUUUUAUUUGAAUUUAAUUCAUGUUUGUUCUUAACUCAAUGCACUGAUUUUAUGUGUAGAUUGUAGCUUUACCUUUUUGCUGUUGAACAUAUCAAACAUUUACGACUGAGGAGCAAUAGUGAUGUACAUGUGUGAUAUCUAAAUGUGAUAAUUUCUGUAAUUUCUUUUUUUAACUAUUUCUACAUGUUGUUCCCAUUUUAAACCAACAUUAUAAUUUCAUGACCUAAAGUGGUACAAUUGGCAAAUUACGGCAUUUUCCGGUUACUACGGAAAGCCAUGUGCGUCCGAACAAUGCCGAAUUGCUAAACGAUAAUACAUAAUCAUCCGAAAUUUUACAUGCGUCAGCCUUCUUUUAUGUGUCAUGUUUUCCAUUUAAUGUAUACUGAACAGCAAAAGAAACUAUCCAGUUUUAUAACUGGGGUAUUUCUUAUUAAAAAACUUUAAUUUAUAAAUCAUUUGUGUUUUUCAUAUCACAUUACACUUGAAGAACUUCACGUUUUAAAUUUUAAAGAAUCAAUCAACCGUAAAUUCAGUAGUCCCACAAUAGCCGUUUUGCACGAAAUUCACGUGCGCCUGUAACUAACAAUUUUCUUUGUGAAAUUUUAUUGUCAUUGGAAAUAUUGAUAAUUGACUGACUCGGAAAACAGCAUAAAAUUUAAAAAAUAAUGUUGGUUGCACCGCACGACUGAAUCACAUUUGGCGCGAGCGCCAAAUUUGGAUGUUACAAUGCAACUGACGCGCAGAAGAUAUAGCUUGUCAAACAGCUAUUGUGUGACUACUGACUUCACGGUUGAUUGAUUUUUAAAAAAUUAUCACGUGAAGAUCUUCAAGUGUAAUUUUGAUAUGGAGAAACAAUUCAAAUUUGAAAAAUUAUUUUUUUAUUUCAAAAUAUACCAGUUAUACAUCUGGAUAGUUUCUUUUGCUGUUCAGUAUAUAUGGAAAGCGCUUGUUAACCUUCAGUAAGGUAUUUCUUUACUUUUGAUUUUUAGCUCACCUGAGCACGAAGUGCUCAAGGUGAGCUUUUGUGAUCGCCCUGUGUUCGUCGUUUGUCGUCGUCGUCCGUCCGUCGUCGUCAACAAUUUGACUGUUAACACUCUAGAGGUCACAAUUUUGGCCCAAUCUUAAUGAAACUCGGUCGGAAUGUUAACCUCUAUAAAAUCUUAGACGAGUUAGAUAUUGGGUCAUCUGGGGUCAGAAACUAGGUCACCAGAUCAAAUCAAAGGAAAAGCUUGUUAACACUUUAGAGGUCACAAGUUUGGCCCAAUCUUAAUGAAACUUGGUCAGAAUGUAACCCUCAAUAAAAUCUUGCAAAAGUUUGAUAUUGGGUCAUCUGGGGUCAAAAAUCAGGUGACCAGGUCAAAUCAAAAGAAAUGCUUGUUAACACUGUAGAGGUCAUAUUUAUAACUGUAUCUUCAUGAAAUUCGGUCAGAAUGUUAUUCUUGAUGAUCUCAAGGUCCAAUUUGAAUCUGGGUCAUGUAGGAUCAAAAACUAGGUCACCAAGUCAAAUCAAAGGAAAAGCUAGUUAUCACUCUAGAGGCCACGUUUAUGACCAUAUCUUAAUGAAACUUAAUCAGAAUGUUAAUCAGAAUGUUAAUCUUGGUGAUAUAUAUGUCAAGUUCAAAUCUGGGUCAGAUGGGGUUAAAACUAGGUCAAAUCGAUGGAAAAGCUUGUUAACACUCUAUAGGCCACAUUUAUGACUGUAUCUUCACAAAACUUAGUCAGAAUGUUAAUCUUGAUGAUCUUUAGGUCAAGUUUGAAGCUGGGUCAUGUGGGGUCGAAAACUAUGUCACCGGGUCAAUCAAAGGAAAAGCUAACACUCUAAAGGUCACAAUUUUGGCCAAAUCUUAAUGAAACCUGGUCAGAAUGUUACCCUCAAUUGAAUAUUGGACGAGUUUGAUAUUUGCUCAUCUGGGGUCAAAAAACUAGGUCACCAGGUCAAAUCAAAGGAAAAGCUUGUUAACACUGUAGAGGCCACAUUUGUGACUGUAUCUUCAUGAAACAUAGUCAGAAUUUUAAUCUUGAUGAUCUCAAGGUCCAGUUUGAAUCUGGGUCAUGUAGGGUCAAAAACUAGGUCAGCAGGUCAAAUCAAAGAAAAAGCUAGUUAACACUCUAGAUGUCACAUUUAUGACAAUAUCUUAAUUAAAAUUUGGUUAGAAUGUGAAUGUUAAUCUUGAUGAUUCCUAGGUCAGGUGAGCGAUACAGGACCUUCAUGGCCCUCUUGUUUUUCUAAUAUCUCUUGUUUAACAUAUUAGAUUUUCGCAACUGAAGUUUUUUUUCUACAUUCAAACAAUAUAUAAAACAACAUAAGUUUUUAUAAUGGUAAUUUCAGACAUAGAUUGAACCUAUUUGUUCUGAGGAUAUAGGAAAAUACCUCGCGCAUACGUGAGUUAAAUUAGCACUCAAAAACGAACGUCCCAAAAUUAUCCCAACUGUGCUUAAAACUUGGACUGAACUGAAUCCAGUUAGCAGAGUGACAAACAUUUUUAUUAAUCAAAGUGAUAUUUCUUGUAUUCGUUUUGGUACUUUUAUAGACUUUUAGGCCAAGGUAGAAUGUAUACCACAUUACCUGCGUAUGAGCUUUGCAUAUCAGGUGUUUACCAAAGAGCUGUCUUUAAUGGCACACUUAGUGCAAUAAUUCCACAGGGGAUUAGCCUAUUGGCUGGUUAGAAAUUAUCUAACUUUUUAUUUAUAUUAUAUAGAUCGAUAUACAGAUGAUUUUGUAAUCAUAACGUUUUCAUAUAUCUUAUUUAUUUUAGUUCAACCGUGUGAUAAUGUUAAUAUUCUAGUAAUUUAUUUUUCCCAGUCUCAUCAAUUUGUCCCUAUAUAUUAUCCCUUUAUUCGUUCAUUUACUUAUUUUGCUUGUUUAUUUAUAUAUUCAUGUUCAAUAGAAUGAUUUAAAACUUUGUAAUUGUUAUCCGAAAUCGCUGUCUUGGAUUAUGAUGCGUUUGGUAAAAUAUAAAAUUGAAGCCGU